GGUAAGAUCAGAUUUUAAAUCUUUACUUUUGCUCUUUGGACACACUUGAUAAGCCUGAUGUGACUUAACCUAAUAAUACUGAAUACACAUUUUUGUAAACUGAAUGUUUAACCUUGUUUGUCCUACAGUGAAACACUCCCUGAAGUAUUUCGUAGCUGGAUCUUCUGGAGUGUCAGACUUCCCAGAGUUCAUGGGAGCUGCAGUGUUUGAUGGUUUUCUGGUGGGUUACUGCGACAGCAACACCAGGAAAGUAGAAACAAAACAGGACUGGGUGGAAAAACUUUUAGAAAAUGACACUCAGCAGUUACAGUAUUACAACUAUGAGUGUUUUGAGUAUCUGCCGAACGUCUUCAAAGACAGGAUACAUUUUUUUAAGCAGCACUUCAACCAAAGUGGAGGUGUCCAUGUUUUACAGAGGAUGAGCGGCUGUGAGUGGGAUGAGGAGACUGGAGAGGUUAAUGGUUUUAAUCAGUAUGGUUAUGAUGGAGAGGACUUGAUGGCAUUUGACCCGAAGACAUCGACAUGGAUCACUUUGAAACCACAGGCUUUCACCAUCAAAGAGAAAUGGAAUGCUGACAAACCUAGAGCAAAAAACAAUGAGAUUUUCCUCACUCAGCUUUGUCCUGAGUGGCUGAAGAAGUCUUUGGACUAUGGAAACAGCUCUCUGCAGAGAACAGGUAGAAUCACAUGACCUGAUGUAGACACAACAAUGUUCAAAUCUCUGCUCAGACUGACUUGCUGUUGUAUUAUCGCUCCAAUCAAUCUGACAUAACCUUAUUUUGGUGGCAAUAAGAUUUGAUUU